AUGGAGAUGUAUGGAGAGCUAAAGAGUGAUAUCGAGUCUCAGGUGACGGUGAAGAUGUUUGGAAAGCUAAAGACCAUCUUCGAGUCUCAGGGAUUGUCAUUCCCUGAUUUGCUGGGGAGUACGAUGAGUGAAGAGAGAAGGGACAGCUUCGCUUGUACUGCAGCGGGUGCUUCUCAGAGUAGAGGGACAGAGAGGGCAAUUGUGCCUACAUCAGUGGAGCCGGAUACGAUAGAUGGCUUGGCUCGUCCGACCCGAUGCAGUCUUCUCGUGCAGCUGGUCGGAGAUUCAUCUUUCAUGGAGGUCGGGAACGGGCUUGUGUAUCCCGGUAUGUCCCAGCUUGAAGGUGUCCAGGUCAGGGCUGAUUGUGCUGUGGUCAAGAUUGACUACGUGCAUGAGUUUGCUAAGAAUAUCAAGCUGGAGGUGCCACCAGAUGACAUGACCACCACUUUGCGGGAUGCAGUUGCGAGAAGGGUUCAGUGGCGGAGAGCUGGUAUUCAUAUUGAUCCAGCAGAUGCAGAUUCAGUACCGACCAGUCAACCUCAGCCACAGAGUGCUGCAGUGCCACCGACGUUUUCUGAGCCAUGCCCACAGCUGCCGGAUACACGGGAAGCGUUACCGGAUCCGCAUCCUCCUGUCUCUACUCAGCCUCAGGACGAAGAUGAUUAUUUCAAUCAAACGACGAUUGGUAACGUGAAGGAUAUCCGAGAGAGGCUAGCAGGGUUCCUCAUGAUGGAGGUGAUCAACACAAAGGGGGAGUUCCAUUCACGAUAG